AUGACCGCCGAUUCAGCUGCUCUACUACAACACCAUCAGCACCACGCUAAUGGUUCAAAUGUCGCCACCAGUCAGCAAUACUCUGUUGAAUAUUUGUCACAGCUGCUCAAGGAUAAGAAACAGCUCUCCGCCUUCCCCAAUGUGUUCCAUCAUCUCGAACGACUCGCAGAUGAAGAGAUCAGCAAAGUUCGAGUGGCGCUGUUCCAGUUCGAGUUCACGAAAGAAGAGAUGAGCCUCCCAGAACCUGAAGGAGAAGUCCAAACAACCAUAGAAAAAGUCUUCGUUCCUGCCAAAGAACAUCCAGAUGACAACUCUAAAUGGGGACGAAUCAAAGUGGCGCGAGCCGUCGACGAAGUCAAAAAACUUCUCGUUCCAGCGCCUGAAGGUGAAGAUGAACUGAAACGGAAGCAACUCAUGGAGCUGGCGAUCAUCAACGGCACCUAUCGCUCAGCGUCAGAGCACGCAGCUGCCGCCGCGGCUGCCGCCCAGCUCAAGCAACCGCUGGCCGCUGCUUUGCAAGCAGCCGCCCUUUCUGCACAAGCCCGAAGUGUCCUACCGAUGCUGGCCAACAAUCCAGCUCUCACGAGAUCACCGACAAUGGCCGUGGCCGGCGCUCCGAUUGUGAUGAGUCCUGGUCGGGGAGCCGCAGGAGCCCAGCAGAGACGCAAAUGCUUGGUCUACACAGUCCCAUGGAAGCCAACUGGGAGCAGCUGCCGUCGCUGCCAGCAACAAUGCGGCCGCCGUAGCUGCGCAACAGGCCGCCAUUCUUCAACAGCAACAACAGGCUGCCGAAUACCAGCAAUUAUUGUUCAGGUAGUUUUAGCCUCAAUUUCAUCAGGCCAAGGCUUGUCCUAUGAGAACUUGGCGAACGUGGCAGCCAUCCAGCAAUUCCAACAAGCACAAGCACAAGCGGCACAACAACAAGCCGUGGCCCAAGCCCAACAGCAAUACAGUCUGCUGGGAGGACAAUACGCCGACUAUGCCGGAGUCGACCUCGCCGCCACUCAAACGGCUCCUGGUGCAAUGAUUAACCAACGUCGUGUUCUGGGCACAUCCCGUGACCAUCCCUACAAGCAGUAG